AUGGCAGAAGAGGAAACCAAUCGACGCACCGAUCUCCGGAGGGGUGAUCUUGUCACUGUUCGCCCCAGCUUUUUUCGGUUGUAUACCAACAUGGCUGCAAAGGAAGGGUCAUACCGCAAAGAAACUCUCGACAGUGUUUACAAGAAACUUGUUUGCAGAAAAUCUGAAAUAGAUCUAUUGUUGACACUUUUUGGAGACAGAGGUUCGUUUGUGUCGCCUUCGAUAUUCAUCUGCGGUCAUACAGCUACAGGGAAAACGGUUGUUGUGGAAACUUUGUUGAAAGAUUUGGAGGUGAGCAUGUUGUUUAUUUAAAAGCGUGCGAGGCUAAUAAUUUGUUGUAUUGACAAUCGUUUAAUCCUGAAUGUUGGACACAGAAUAUACAUCGUAGCUGCUAUCAGAGAUGCCAGCCUCUCCAGAUCAAAAAUCUGGAGAGUUUUCUUAAAUGGCACUUAACCCUUCCUCUCCCCCCCUCCCCCCCCAAACAUGGUUGUUUACCAUUUAUAAAAAAUUCCGGAAAUUUUGCUUGGGAAUUUUCGUUCGGUAAGAACGAUACGUGUUGUUUACCAUUUGCCUAAAAUUUCUGGAUAAUUGUCUUGCCGCGCUAGACUGGAUUCUAGUUACAACAUAAAACUAGUACAAAACUCAAGAAACUUGUAAAUGGUAUAAGCUAAAGAAUUACCAUUCGGAACAUCCCAACCACGAAAACGGGACUAGCUUUUCAGAAUUUCUGUUUUUCCUGGGAAUUUUCCAGUGGGACAAACCAAAACAACAUUUAAUACCAUUUACAUCUUAACAGGAAUUUCCGGGAAUUUGUGGUAAAUGGUAAACAACGCAUGUUUUAUCCCUGAUACUGGCACAAGAUUGACUUAGCCCCAAAUUGUUUUUGCUAUGAAGGUUGAUCACAUCUCGAAGUUUCUCUCUGACUGACACUUACACAGCUGGGCCCGGUUCCUCAAAAGAUGGUUAAGUUUAACCCUGAGGAUUUAAAAGCCAAAUUUCAAGCACGGUUUUCUUGUCUAAGAACACGCAACUCGAGGUUAUAAAGUCCCGUUGAGCCUUUACUAUGAGAUACAGUAAUGACAACACAAAACGUUACCCUUAAGCAAUGCAUAGGAAUGUAAAAUACAAAAACAGAAGAAAUUUUUAAUUCCGGAUUAAAACUAAUCGUCCUUUCAGGAACUGGGCCCUGUAGUGUAAAAAGAAUCAAAUCAAGUAUGAUCAUUUUCAGACUUUCUUUGUUGUUUUAAAUUGGCAAAUUUUUAUAUGAGAUAAAAUAGUUUUGACUUUUUUCUUUUGUUGAUCUUGAACAGCUUCCCCAUGCGUUGGUGAACUGUAUAGAGAGUUUUACAGCACGUCUGAUUUAUGAGCACAUUUUAUACCAAUUACAAGAUUUGGAUGAAGAACAUGAUGAGUUCGAUACCCCACCCAAGUGUGACAACAUGACAGACUUUUUACGCCAACUCAAGAAUUCUCUAUCAUCAAGACAGCUCACAAGUGGAACAUUUUACAUUGUCCUUGAUAAAGCUGACAGAUUACGGGAUAUUGAAGCCAAUGUUCUGCCGGCAUUCCUGAGACUUCAAGAGCUGACACAACUUAAUAUCUGUGUCAUCUUCAUUACUCAAAUUGUGUGGGAAAAAUUCCAAGUUGGUACGGGAUUUUAUGAACCUGUUGUGGUUCAUUUCCCGGAUUAUUCGAAGGUGGAAUUACUUCAGAUUAUGGCCAAAGAUUGUCCAUCAUCAUAUCCUGUGGAGUUCUACAAAGCCUACUGUCAACUUUUUACGAGUGUGUUCUACUCGGUGUGUAGAGAUCUAAAUGAACUGCGUCAUUUAGUGAGUAUGAUAAGUAUAUUAAGACAAGGGACUCACUGACACCAACCUUUAUGCGCAUGGGGCUUAUCAGCAUGGCAUAGCCGUCGAACCACUCAUUAGAGGUCCUUUACUACAUUCAAGGCUGUUAAUAAGAGCUGGCGGGGGGAGCAGAGAUCACCCACAGCAACAUUGAGCACGACCCCCAGCUUCUUUCAGUGGAAAUAAAAGGAUAAUUGAAAAAUUAACUUCCUAGCCAUUCCAUUCCCACCUACUAAUUGCAUGCAAACCUAGCAACUUGAAAGUCUAGUGACAGCCCUGACUCAUUUGAAAGAAAGUAUUGGAAGCAUAUAAGUAUGAGUAAUUCCUUUAUUUAGCCAAAGUCCAUCAGUAGGCGACCUUGUUUGAGCAAGUUAUCUUGAAAUUAGCCUCCCAGGCAGGCAUUUUUAGGGGAGCUUGUAUUUCACCCCUCCCCACAAACGCCUGCUCAAUGGAGAACAGCAUUCCUUUUCCAUUGUUUUAUUCGCAUGGUAAGUGACCAAUCGACAGUGUUGAAAUAAAGUGUUGACAGACUAAACAUGACUCAUGGUAGUGCAAAAACUUGACCCUGAGUAUUCUAAAGUCUGAUUAAAUCUUACUUUUGCCACUUUGUGAUUGGCUAAGCUUGGGAAAGGAAUGUUGUUCUCGGUUGAGCAGGCAUUUCUAGGGAGGGCGAAAUACAAGCUCUCCUAAAAACGCCUGCAUGGGAGGCUUUCUUGAAAUCUGCACAUGUACAUCUUUCCUUCUAUUGACUAAAGACUGAUCUACCAGUCUUUCUCUUAUUCAUUUCAGGCCCUGUUACAUUUUUCCAAAUAUUGUGAGCCAGUAGUCUCUGGUGAUGCUGAAAUGACAGACAGUCGUAAACUAUGGAGGAACAUCGAGCCCCACCUGAAGAAGGCACUUCACACAGUUUAUCUCAGAGAGGUGUCCAGUCACCAGUGGGAGUCGAUUAUAAGUCAAGAUACACAGGACAACAAUGAAAAUCUAGGGGACCAGGGUAAGAACAUUAUGAGCGAACUACACUCAUCAGUACACUGUUGUUUUGCUUAUAAAACCAAUGGUUUUUUCUUUUUUAAAAAAUGUGCUUUUUGCCGUCACCAUUGCUUUUGUUUAAUCAUUGUUAUGUCCUCCAUAAGACAUCGCAUUUGCUAAUUUCACAUUGUAGUCAUGCAGUGACGGCGAAGAAAUGUAAGAAUUUAGAGGUACAGUUAAUGAUGUCUUCAACAAACUGCUAAAACCCUUCAAAGUGGCACAAUCCGCUCUAUUUUCUCGGCAGCGUGCAAAGAAGCUAGCGUCCGAUAGCCCGGGGCAAGUGGAUUUUGCUAUCGGGCUAGUGAAUUCUGUUCUUAACUUGCCCGACGAGCAAGUGAAGUAUUUUUGAGGAAUUCAAAUUACAGAAGAACAGUGAAAUCAAUUCUGCUCAUCAAUAAAUUUUGGGGGCUAGUUGAAAUGACGUUUGGGCUGGUAAAUGUUAGCUUCAGCUUGCCCAAAUGGCAAGCUGUAAAAAUGAAUUUCUUUGCACCCUGCUCGGGGUAAGAAAAUUCGCUGACGGUCUAAUUGAAACAGCAUUUUACUUCUCUGUUCUAGGUGUCUCAGUUCGUUCCCACAUUGAACUUCCAUUUUAUACCAAGUAUCUCCUGAUUGCGGCUUAUCUGGCGUCAUACAACCCUGCUCACACAGACAGAAGGUUCUUCACAAAACAAGGAAGAAGAGGAAUAAGCAACAGGGCAAAGGCUGCUGCCAAAGGAAAAAAGUCCAACACUCAACUUACAGGUACAACUGUAUACAUGGGCACCGCGUGAGAUUUUGUAGAUGUGCGCACAGGAAGAAAAGUUAGACCACCAAAGGAGCUCCAAACUAGGUGGGGCUGGGGGCAUGCUUCCCCAUAAAUUGUCAAAUUUUGGGGCUCGAAAAUGCCAUUUCCUGCUUUUUCCGCAGAAAAACAAAGGAAAAUGCAAUAGUUAGUUGUAUAUUUUACCCAUCUCUUUUGUUAUGGUAAAACAGCGGUCAACGCCAAAAAGGAAGUUACAAGCAAAGGGCGAGAUAACCUGCAUGACAGCCAUCUCUCCUCAUGUCCUUACUGGCGAGGAGUUGAGGAGAGUACGGCUGUAUUCGCGGGAUAAGGGCGAAACGUUUACCCUUCAGACGGGCAAAGACACAAGUAGAUUUAGUAAAUUUAUCAGUCACCCCUAUUUAACAAUAAGAAUGCUUUCCGGAAAUAAAAAAAAUGUACUUCUGUGACAUAUUUCAGUUAUACGCAGGAGUGUGUGUGCGUUUAUGGACGCUAUAUACGCUCCUGUAGUACAGAUAAAGCGGUGGAAAUCUGAAAAAAAAUUCUCCAUUUCUGAUUGGCUCAAAUCCUCUAGCUAAUUCUUCAUAACAAGCUAGCAUUGGCCAUAUUUGGAAGGCGCUUUCGAGAUCUGAUAAAAUGACGUCAAUAGUACAGGAUAAACACCAUAAACGGGUGCGAGUUUUGGUAAAGCUAGAGGAAAUGGCUUCCUUUUCAGUGAAGAAGAAAUAGCCGUAUUACUGCGUAAAAACUUAGAAAGACAACUACAACAAAAAACUACAACUCGACAGAUUACUUUGCUGCUAUUUGAAGAAAGUCGUUUAGGCUGAAUUUCCUGAAUUUGUCAAGGAAAAGGUUCCAGCUCUGUCACUAAUUCCAGAAAACAUUUUCGUCAUUGCUCCUCUUAUUGAUCAACCAUCAUUAUUUUUGUCGCCGUAGGUCCUAAGAAUUUCCCGCUUGACCGUCUAAUGGCUAUAUUCUACAGCAUAGUGGAAGACAACGUUGCGCCUUCAGCAAGCAUUCUGUGCCAGAUUUCAUCGCUGGUUUCACUAAAUCUUCUAGCUCAAGUGACAUCUGAUGAUCAGAUUGACUGCCCCAAGUAUAAAUGCCUCGUCAAUUUUCUCACCAUCUCUGAGAUCGCCAAGCAGUUGAAGUUUGAUAUUGUGCAGUAUUUAUAUGACUUUGUUUAAUUAAAAGAUCCUUUGUUA